UCCUCGUCACUUUUCGCUGGUCGGCCCGGCCGUGGAGUCGAGCGCGCGGCCGCGUGUCGAGUUGCUCUCGCUUAGAACUCGCUUUUCCCUAUCUAAACACGUUUUAUCACGUCGCUUAUUAUUAUUAUUGUUAUUAUUAUUGUUAUUACUAUUAUUAUUAUUAUUAUCAUCGCCGGUGCGCCGAGAAAUUUCCCGAGAUAACAAUCCACGCGGAUCGAUCCUAAAAACCGAUGUAACGUCGCGAAGCAGUUCCGCGCGCGAACAUUCGAAGAACCCUCUCGCAGAGAGAUUCCGUGAUCUGUGACGAAGGGGUGAGUGAUCGAAGAGAUGAUCGAGGAAGAGACAUGGUGAAUUUAUACGGACAUUGCUCUGCUCGGUGACACUGGCCCCUAAUUGGAUAAAAUGCGAGUGUGUAUCUUGUUCUUCAGCUUGGUGCAAUUGGUGUUUGCGUUUCAGCACCCGUUCACGUUCCCACCUGGCCAGUUGGACACCAAUAACGAAACAGCAGGAUGUUGUUCCUGCACUUUCAAAGACUCGUUCUACAUGGACGCGAAAUGUGGCGCGACGACUCCAUUUAUGAAUCUGAUACAAAAAGUGAUGGUAUCUAGAUGCGAUAUCUCAAGUCCUUGUUCCAGGCUUGGAAAGGAAACGGUGCCUCAAGAAUGGUUCGACUUUAUUAUAGUUGGUGCCGGUAUAGCCGGCCCAAUAAUCGCCAGGAGAUUGAGCGACAAUCCUUGGUGGAAGGUGUUGCUCAUCGAAGCAGGACCAGAGGAGCCGACGAUGACUGCUAUACCAGGCCUGGCGUUCCAUGCAAUAAAUUCGACUCUAGACUGGAAAUUGAAAACCGAGCCUACGGAGCCCCACCCGACUGCUUGUUUAGAAACGUUCGGUGUGUGCUCCUGGCCACGCGGGAAGAUGGUGUCCGGUACCGGGGGUCUUCACGGGAUGAUGUACGUUCGAGGACACCCGGAAGUCUACAACAGCUGGGCAAGGAACGGCGCCUUGGGCUGGUCCUACGACGAAAUUACGCACUACUUCGAACGCGCCGAGAACCCCACCGAGGAAUCGAUGCUCUCCGGCAAACGUAGAACAGUCCCAGUCCCGGGACCAAUGAAGAUAGAAUACUUUAGAGAGAAGCCCGCGUUCGCCGACGAGCUCCUGAAGGCCGCUGAUGAGUUAGGCUAUAGGACGUCCAAGUUGAAAGAGUAUACGCAAACAGGGUUCAUGGUGGCCCCUAUGACGACGCAAAACGGGAUGCGAGGAACAACUUCUAGAAACUACCUGAGGCCAGUUCAUGGCAGGAGGAACUUGAAAGUUUUGAUCAACGCGCACGUGACGAGGGUUCUGCUGAACCAGUGGCAGAGCAAGGCUUACGGCGUCGAGCUGGUGGACAAAGAUGGCUACCGGAGGAUCGUCAAGGCCAACAAAGAAGUCAUAUUGACUGCUGGAGCUAUAGGCUCCCCGCAUAUACUCCUGAACUCGGGGAUUGGACCAAAAGAUGACCUCACAAAAUUGGGUUUGAACGUCAUCAAGGACCUCCCUGUGGGCAGGAACCUGCACAAUCACGUCUCUAUCGGCGUCCCUUACAGCAUCAAGGACACUGCCUACGAAGCUAUGACCAUGGACAGCGUCAACGAAUACUUGGAGACUCGUAGUGGCUCCCUAACUAACACCGGACUGACCCAAGUGACAGCGUUCCUCGAAAGCAGCUAUGCUGUUAAUGGUGUUCCCGACGUGCAGGUGUUCUUCGACGGGUUUUCUCCCAAGUGUCCGAGGACUGGGCUACCGUUCGAGUGCUUGAACGGAGCGCUGGCUUUGUGCUCGGACAGGAGAGAGAUUGUGAUGAGACCCACCGCAGUAACUGUUGCCAGUAAAGGAUAUUUGAAGCUGAGGUCUGGAGAUCCUAUGGUGCCGCCGCUUAUUUAUCCGAAUUAUUUCACUGAUCCGAAAGACAUAAAGGUCUUGAUCGAGGGCAUUAAGAAGUCGAACGAGCUCGUCAACACCCAAGCCAUGAAGAACUGGGAUUUGAGGAUGGAGCCUGUGGUUCAUUCGCUUUGCACUGACUACCAUUUCGCCAGCGACGCAUACUGGGAAUGCUACAUAAGAGCUGCCACAGGUCCCGAGAACCACCAAGCAGGCUCUUGUAAAAUGGGCGGCUACAACGAUCCGUCAGCAGUGGUGGACCCAGAACUUCGUGUCCGUGGUGUGACGAACAUUAGGGUCGCCGAUGCUUCAGUGUUCCCAAUUGUGCCAAACAGUAACCCGAUCGCUGCCAUCAUGAUGACAGCCGAGAAAGCUGCUGACAUGAUCAGGCACACGUGGGUGAAAUCGUGAACCUCGACAGUCCGAUUUUUAGGACAACGUAGAAUGAAAACUAUUAUUUUGAAAUGUGACAAUAACUUUAUUUAAGAUUAUUUUAAUUCUCACGAGAUAGGUUCGUCUUAAAAUAUUAGACCACGGACAUUUAUGCGCCCUUCACUCCUGAACAUCGCCGAACACACAGUCAAACAUAAUCAAACGUUCAAUCAAAUUCCAUACAUUUACAUGCCAAUGCAAAGAAGCUGCAUAAAUGUUAGUGAUCUAAUGGUUAUUGCUUUUAACGUGUUGUUAGUACACAAAAAGUGAAGAUUUUUAUUGUACGGCUCAGUGAGCCUUCUCGACAGAAUGCGUGUUACAUUGGGUGUUCUCCGUCGUCUAGGAGUGUGUUCAAAAUGUGUGACUGUUACAGUUUUGAUGGUCAGUUUACAUUUAACCGUUUAGCUAUUCGAUCAAGGUCGCCGUCAAGAUCGUUUCAACGUCAUAAUUUAGUAAACUAUUUCAUAAAUGUUGCAAAGUACAAGAGAGAAUGAAAAUUGCAAAUAGAUUUUUGUACGCGGUUUACAGAAAAUUUUUUAGUCGAAUCUCACGAUCGUUUUUAGCGAUAAUCACUGGUGCCACAUACAAUAUUUUCAUUCUAACACAAAUUUGAUUUUGUUUAAUGUUAAAUUAUUAUUGUACAGCGGAAUCGAAUCGGAAUAAAAACUAAAUGCGUUAAAAAUAAAAAGAAAACAAUAAGUUUGCUUAGAAUAUUUGUACGACCUUCAACGUCCUUUAAAUAACUGCCAUGACCAAAAAUGAAUGAAACGAUUAUCAAAGUCACGUGAAGUUUAUGACAUACGGGUUGUUCAAUUUGUCUCAACCUCGGUUAACACGUGACGAUGAUAAAAAGUACAUUGAUUGUUUGAAACAGUGUCGCUGACCUUGGACGUUUAAAAAUAAACGAUCUUGAGAACAAUUUUCUGUUUAUUAUAAUAAUAUUUUAUAGUUAAUAUUAUAUUUUAUAAUUUAUUAAUUAUAAUGCGUCUAUCGUAAAUAUUAAGCGAGAUGUUGAAGGUGAUCGAGUUUGGAUCGGGCACCCGGCAUAUUGUAUACAGCAUUAUCAAAUCAUUAAACGCGGGAACUAUUCCAUACAAUCGCAUUUUAUCUGUGAAUUAUACUUGUUGAAAUACAUUGUACAUGCAUUUUAUAUAUUAAUACAUAUUUGACUGUUAAAUAUUCGAUAAUUAAAAAUUAAUUAUUAAAUGUUUAUCGAUAUAUAAAUAGUUCCGCUGUUGCAUUUUUGCAAAACUGAAAAGAUCGAAUAAUAUGGUUAGAAAACAGAGAAGACGAAGUUCUUAGAAUGAGUUAAUAAAAUUACAAAAUACAAUAAAUUCUCCCUAAUUGACGCUCAGAUUGUACACAAAAAUUUACAAUUAGGGAAGCCGCAAGGCUCGAAUAAUUGUAUCUUAUCUUCAAUGACAUACAACAGUACCAAAUAGCAAUAUUCAAAUUGUAUUGUCUGACAAUUUUUGCAGUCAAUUGUGUCAAACUAAUAAUUUUCACAUUGAUCAGUAAUUAGCAAAAAGAUCAUUGUCGAGUAUAACUACAAUUAAAUGUUAUGAAUUCUAUAUCGUGGAUUUGGUGGAACAAAAUUGCCACGAAAUUAAUGUUGACAUUGACUUUGAUCUUGAUCUUGACUUUGACCUUGAAAAAUCAGCGUAAAUUCUUCUGCUUGUAUUGUAGUCUACACAAAAAUCUCAGAAAAAUUUAAUGGUAUAAAAUGAUAGGUAUAUUAUUUAUUAUAAUCUAUUAUAGCCUGUAUUUAUUAUAACAAUUAUUUAUAAUAACUUUUACAAUAGCGUUUUUCAUAACCUCCUGUUUAAUAGGUUAGAUCCUAUUAAAGCUACUAACAAGUAAAUUCUCCCAAAUUGUCCCUCAGGUUGCGUACAAAGAUGGACAAUUUCGGAAGCGGAGGUACGA